AGACAGCUUGCGUACGUACAAUAAAAGCUCGUUGUACGCAUUUUUCCCGGUAGCAUCUGCAAGUGUGUGCGUGUGGUCAGAUGUUUACAAAACAAUGCAUGCAGUCGUUUGCCAAGAAAAGCGUUCCUCGGUUGAUGGUGCUGAAAUCGGUAUAGAUUAUUGAAAAAUGUCGUGUAAUUACGCAGAAGGGUUAUGCAAAUAUGACAACAAAGGUGUUCUUGGUGUGGCAGAGAUAUUCGAUGCGCCCGAAAUUGUGGAGGAAAAAUGUGAACAGUUGGUUAAAAUGAUACUCGCUUCGAAUCAUACUGUCGUUCACACCGGAGCCGGAAUCAGCACGAGCGCGGGAAUACCGGACUUCCGUGGUCCCAACGGUGUAUGGACGCUGGAGGAAAAGGGCGAAAAACCUACCGUAAACAUCUCGUUCGAUGAUGCUACCCCAACUCGCACACACAUGGCAUUGAAGGCACUGGUAGCAACUGGCCAUGUUCAAUACAUUGUCAGCCAAAACAUCGACGGUUUGCAUCUUCGGUCGGGGCUUGCGAGAGAGCAUCUGUCCGAACUGCACGGUAACAUGUUUGUGGAAGUGUGUACCAAAUGUCGCCGACAGUACGUGAGAAACAGCCCGGCUCCGACAGUGGGCAAAAAGACAACUGGAAAUAUUUGCCCUGGUACAGGUAUGGGCCGUGCGUGCCGUGGUGGAAAGCUCAUCGACAACAUUCUAGACUGGGAACAUGAUCUUCCGGAGAACGAUCUUCAACUUGCUUUUAUGCAUUCCGCGAUAGCCGAUUUGAAUAUUUGUCUAGGAACGACGCUACAAAUUGUACCGAGUGGCGAUCUGCCGUUAAAGAAUCUCAAGCACGGUGGCCGGCUCGUCAUCUGCAAUCUUCAGCCAACUAAGCAUGACAAAAAGGCUGAUAUAAAAAUAUCAAGUUACGUCGAUACGGUUCUGGAAAAGGUGGCCAAACGAUUAGGGGUAGAAAUUCCCCUCUAUCGCCCGGAAGACGACCCAACGAAGCUGAUCUCGUACACUGUCCAGUGGACCAUCAGCGGAAAUGUUGUGAAAUGUUUGGAGAAGCGAUACGACAACACGAUAAAAGAGAAGGGAAAGUUGAAAAAGCGGAAUUCUACGUCCAGUACCCCACAGGAACGAGAGGAAAUGAAAAUAAACAAUAAAAAGCUGAAACAAGAAAAUGUUCCCUGUGGGGAAGGCACAUCACUGUCAAACGCUUGCAAUAUUGCGAAAUAAAAAAAGCACAAGACAAAAUGUUAAAAA